UACUGAAAAGAUGUUAAAAGUACACAACAGUUCACUCUUUACUUAAUGCAUGCACUUUGGGAGUUUAAAUAAAGGGAAGAAUACUGUUUUUCUUUUCUUUAUUUUAUUUAUUUUUGUAUCACGGGUUAACAUACUAAAUCAAAUUCACUUCUUAUAAUAAAACUUUACAUUAUCAUCACAAGUGAAGAAAAAAAGUGUUCAAAACAAGCUCGAAACGGCACACGCGCGUGCAGGUUUGAUGGCGCCUCGGUAGCUCGUGACAGCAGCUCCGAGUUUAUAAUCCAAAUGGAAGCGAAACACGGGCGACCCAUCCGUGAUGAGAGCGGCGAGCAGGCAGCGGAGAGAUUGAAAAUGUGGAUGUCGCCUUGGAAAGAGAAAUGAGCGGAUCGAGAGAGCUGCGCGCUGACUGGAAGGAGAGCGAGAGAGAUGGAGGCGGGGGGAAGUCUCUCUCAGCUCUGCGGGGACUGGAGCGCCCGUGCCCUGGACCGGCGGCGCAGUGCUGGCUAACAGUCAACCCUCCCCUUGUUCCACCACCACUUCCACACACAAGCAGCGACAGGUAAGAUCAAACCAGCGCCUCAUCCUACCGACCGUUUGGUAAACAAACCUUGAACACAUUCUUAAAUGAAACGACAAAAAGAAAAAAAAAAUCUAAAUAUUUUGACUUUAGUGGAUCAUUGGAUUGGUUAAUUUCGUUUGUGUUUAAAUUCUCGUUGACUUGGUGCAAGGCAACGGUUACAUUCCGAGUCGCCUUACCCGAAUUUCCCGUAAAAACAUUUCCCGUUUAUAUAUCAAACCCUUUCGCCGUGUUUAAUUUCUGAAUGUAACUCUAAAAGCCAGUAACCUAAUUUUUAAGCGCGAUAAGGGCACCUCUACCCUCGCGGUCGUCUUCAUUUCCGAGUCAGGACUCCAUGAGGCUCGUGAAGGAAAGAAACAGCCGCCUUUGGUUCGCCAUCACGGAGCUCGGUUAUCUCACAGUGUGGGCUAUUUUUCGCUUUUGUGAAAGCAAAUUUCGCCAUCACAUUUGACAUUUUAUCGAUUAUCUUUGAUUAAGGAGCAAACCGGGUGAGUUCAGAACCAUUCGCUCUGGUUUUUCUCUCGGUGGUGGUGAAUUGCACGCAGCGCGUGCAUGGAGGGUAGUAUGGCGGCUCUAGAACAGUCGUCACGCCAGGGAAGCGUCCUCUUCUCGGUUGUUACAAUUUUCCAUUGUGAUUGUGAACAAAAUGACAUGUUUAUUCACAGGAUUGAUUCAUUUCUCACUGAGUUGAUCUCGACUGUCAUAAUUGUGCUUCAGUCACCGCUAACUAAAUACAAGUAACCGUAUAUUUCUUCCAUUUCUAGUUUCGAAGCCUUUGAAGAGCCUGCUGCCCUGCCAUACGGCCGCACAACCGUGCUUUCACCCCGCAUUCCUCGUCACUCGAAAGUCGGGGUAAACAACCAGAUUUCUUUACGAGUGAUUAAUCCUGACAAUGAAUGGAGAAAUGGACUCCUCUGCUAAAGAGAUCGUUUGGGAGCAGAGUGACCUGUUGAAGCUCUUGGAUGCCAUGAAGGUGAACCUGCCAGAUAAGGAUCUGUCCAAGUACAAGACGUCCGAGUCCCAUUUGGACUGGGAGAAAGUGGCUUUUAACUCGUACUCUGCGGAGAUGUGCAAACAGAAAUGGCUGGAAGUUUCACGUGAGAUACGUAAAUUCCGCACCCUCUCUGAACUGAUCGUGGAUGCACAGGACUAUGUCAAAAAUCCAUACAAAGGAAAGAAGCUGAAGAAACACCCAGACUUCCCCAAAAAACCAUUGACACCGUAUUUCCGUUUCUUUAUGGAGAAGCGCGCCAAGUAUGCUAAACUACAUCCAGAGAUGAGCAAUCUAGAUCUCACAAAGAUCCUGUCCAAAAAAUACAAGGAGCUCCCAGAGCGUAAAAAAGAGAAAUACGUGAAAGACUUUCUCAGAGAAAAAGAGUCUUUCAUGAUCAGCAUGAUGAAGUUCAGGCAGGAUCAUCCCGACCUUCUAGAGAACGUUAACAAGAAGUCCAAUGUUCCAGAGAAGCCCAAGACACCCCAGCAACUGUGGUACAGCCAUGAGAAGAAGGCCUUUCUCAAAGGACGCCCAGAUGCGACCACCAAAGACAUCAAGGAUAGUGUUGCAAAGCAGUGGCCACAGCUGUCAGACAAGAAGAGGAUGAAGUGGAUCAUGAAGUCUCUGGAGCAGCACAAACUGUAUGAGGUGACAAUGCGCGAGUUUAUCCAGCAGCACCCAGAGUUGAACAUCACGGAGGAGGACAUUGUCAAAUCCACUCUGACCAAAGCAGAGAGACAGCUCAAGGACAAGUUUGAUGGGCGGCCCGACAAACCACCUUCGAAUGGUUACUCAAUGUUCUGUGCUGAGCUUAUGUCCAGUAUGAAAGACGUCCCCAGUACGGAGCGCAUGGUCAUGUGCAGCCAGCGCUGGAAACUCCUCAAACAGAGCGAGAAAGAUGCUUACCAAAAGCGCUGUGAACAGAAAAAGAAAGAAUAUGAAGUUGAGAUGAAUCGCUACUUAUUAAGUAUCUCAGAGGAGGAACAGCAGAGAAUAAUGUCAGAACAGAAGAUGGGCAGCUUUAAAAGGGGCGGUGGUGGCAGCAGCCCCGCUUCUAAAAAGAAGAGCGCCACUGCAAAGUCUGCAGAGAAGCCCAAGCCCCCUGUGUCUGCAAUGUUCAUUUUCUCAGAAGAGAAGCGUCCAAAACUUCAACAGGAAAGGCCUGAUCUUUCUGACAUGGAGCUCACCAGACUUCUAGCCCGCAUGUGGAACGAGCUUUCUGACAAGAAGAAGGAGAAGUAUAAAAAUCUGGAGAUGACGCUGAAGGCAGACUCUGAAAAGCAGAGCAAAGAGGACAAAGGGAAACUACCAGAAACACCCAAAACAGCUCAGGAAAUCUGGCAACAGAGUGUCAUUGGAGACUAUCUCGCCCGGUUCAAGAAUGAUCGAGCGAAAGCUCAGAAAGCCAUGGAGGCCACCUGGAACACCAUGGAGAAGAAAGAGAAGAUCAUGUGGAUCAAGAAGGCGGCAGAGGACCAGAAGAGAUAUGAAAGAGAGCUGAGUGAGAUGCGAUCACCUGCCCCAGUCUUUAUCAUGGGGAAGAAAAUGAAAUUUGAUGGGGAACCUAAGAAACCACCCUCUAACGGCUAUCAGAAGUUUUCUCAAGAGAUGCUGUCAAAUGGUGAGCUGAACCAUCUGCCCAUGAAAGAGCGCAUGGGUGAAAUCGGAGGCCGCUGGCAGCGACUCCCUCAGAAAGAGAAGGACCAUUACAAAAGGAUGGCGGAGGAGAAACAGAGGCAGUACAGAGUGCUUCUCGAGCAGUGGCUUGCGAGUAUAACACCACAGGAGAGAGCUGUGUAUAAAGAAUAUAACUCACUGAAACGGAGAAGCACAAUAAAACCUGGUGGCACGAAUGCUAAAGUGAAACCCAAGGCCAAAGUAUCGGAAGACGAAGAGGAGGAGGAUGAUGACGACGACAACGAUGAUGAUGAAGAGAAGGAAUCUGAUGACGAAUCAUCCUCUGACAGUGAUGACGAUGAUGAUGACGACGAUGACGAAGAUGAUAAUGAAGACAUGGAGGAUGAAGAGGUGGAUGAUAAGGAGAAUAAAACAGAAAGCAGCAGCAGUGCUUCCAGCUCUGAUUCAUCGGGUUCAGACUCGGACUGAACCAAAGCCGAGUCAGCCUGAGCCCACAGACUGCCAGAAAUGCUGUGAACUGAGCCAUGAGCCGGGGGUCUGAGCCUGCUCUGCACUGCGCUCUUCCCACCACAGGAGGGGGCUCACCCCGCUGUCACACAUCUGCGCCGCCUCACACAGUCUUUUCCUUCUCUACUGUUCUCCCCUGCACUUUUGGUUUUAUUUGUUCCUCCCUCCAUGAUUUUGCUUGGCAGGUUUUUAGGCAUUUUAGGCAAAACACAUGAUGACUCAUUGUCUAAAUUCCUCCUGACACCACUGAUCACAGAAAAAAGGGGUUUAGUGCUCUGAUAUUGGCUUGUAGUCGUCAUGAGGUGUUAAGAUGCCCCGUGUUUAUACUUUAAAGGUAGGAAGACCGAGAGCAUCAGGUGCCAUUUUUUUUUUUCUGUAAGUGAGCCAAAGAGUCUUUUAGUUUCACAGAUUAUUUCGGGAGGUACAGGGGACCAAAUAAUUGCACUCUGAAGAAUGUCUGCUUUCUUUUCCUCUGUCUGUACCUCUCCUGUUCUUCCUAGGAGUGUUGCUCCACUCCUUUUCCUGCUCCCUCCAUUUUUGCUUUGGUGUUUGUUUUAGCUUCUUCAUUUCAAAACAAAUGUGGUAUUUUCAGGAAAAAUGAAGCCAUUUUGAAUGUCGCCCCAUGGACCUCGUUGGUCUCGCACUCGGUUCUUGUUCACAAGGCGUUGGUGCGUUGCUUUUACCUGCACCUGAUGAGGGGUUAAAGGUGAAAAUGGACUAUUUAUUUUUGUCCUGUUAUAGGAAUGCUGCCCGUUGCAGUUUUGUGAUAUGGAUGUGAUGAAGCCACAGCAAACGGGCUAUUCAUUCAGUUAAUAAAAACGACUGAUGUUACAUAAUGAGGACUAGUUAAUCGGUUAAUUGUUCUGCAGCAUAAGCAAAGUUCUUUCAGAAAAUUGCUUUUGUUUUUUGCGGAUUGGGCACCAAAAUGUUGUUGUUGUUUUUUUUGGUCUUUUGUUAAUAAUGGUUACAUAUUGUUUGAAGCUGACUUUUUUUUGUUCCUCUUUCCAACCACUGUUUUAUUUGGUGCUCCAAAGAUUUUUUUUCUUUUUAAAACGUGAUUGUUAUGUUUUAAAUAUGAUGGAUGUGAGUUACCCCACAAUUCAGUGCACUUAUGAUAGAAUCCAGUGUUCUUUCAGUAUUUCUCUUUCUUCAUUUUACCCAUCAGUCCAUAACGUUAACCACUUCACAGGUCUUUCACGCACCAGCUCAAGGAAUGUAAUGGAGAUGUUUUAUUUAAGAGAGGGGUAUUGUUAAUGUGUUGUGUGUUUAUGUAUAUAUGAGCAGUUUUGAUGGUGAGGGUAUAUUCUCUCAUUUCAAUAUCCUGGCCUAAAAUGGCAACUUAACUAAUUUGUAACCCACAACACAGCUUUUUGCGCUGAGCUACGACCUUUUACUUAGUCUUUUUUACGCAACCCUCAAAUUGACUGGGGCACUGUAAAUUAAUUUUUCAUAUCAAAAUGUUCAACCCUGAUGAUUUGCAUAAAAAGACGGGCAAAUAAUUUUGAUUUGGUGGGGAUUGCCGUGAAAAAUUUGCUGUACCAGACUUGUAAUCUAUUCUAGUGCCCUACAUGAUUAAGGCCUAUAUUCUGCAUAAAGUUCUUGGCUCAGUUUGAAAAACAUAAUUUGGUUAUAGAUGAUUUGAAUGAUGGGCCGGGAUCGACCUUUCAAGAUUUGUUGAUAUUUUGUAGGAUUUUGAGACUUGCAAAUAGACUUGGGUUGGGUUCAGUGCUGUUGUAAGGUAUUUGUACAUAUAGCUUUCUUUCUUAAUUAUUUUUUCCUUUGUAAUGAGUGAACAUUAUUAUGUUUGUAUUUUCAGUUGGCUACGCAAUAUACUGCUGUAGCCAAGACGAGUUUGACAAUUGGGGACAUGUUUUUAAUUUGGUAAGUUUUAGUUAUUGUUUUUUUUACCCCUCCAUGUGUUUGUUUAUUUUUAGAAAUGGCACACAUAAAAGAGAGAACAAGCUUAAAUUUGUAAUACAGAUUUGAAACAUUUGGACGUUUUCUAUUAGCAAGAGAUGUUAUAUCCCUGCAAUUUACAAUUUGAGCAAAUAAACCUUCUCUUAAACAGUU